AUGGCCGCUUACAUAAAGCAACGCCUAAUCCGCGUACGGCAUCACGGGUCCGGUAUUUUCAAAGUUUUUGGCACUUCCUCGUGUUUUUCUGUGAGACCACGCGCGGCGCGAAAAGAGUGGCAAAAAAAUUACGAACUUGAGCGCAAACAACAGCAGUAUCGAGAUCCAUGUGCCCCGUCCAGCCAGAUGAAAUGCACAUACGAUGAGGUUAUUAUUGAUGAGCAUUUUAACAUUCGAGAGUCCCGCCAUAACCGCUGGUGUCAGAAGUGUGCAUAUGGCACCUACAGGGUUCAUGUUAGCAGGGGGACUUUGUAUUGA